AUGGAAGUGGAUUUGUACGCUACCGAUUGGGCUGAAAGUGGCCGGUUGCCUCUUAUUGAGGAGACAUCGACACUGGGAACAUUGGCACCGAAAGACAAAUUGAUAUCAGUACUAGACCAAGUGGAGCUGAGGGUUGAACGGUUGAGAAGGGACACUACUAGAAUUGAAGAGGAAAAAGAUUCCUUACUGUCUACUCUGGAUAGUAUUAAACAUUCGGAACUCCUCUCAGAUAUCACUGAAUGUGAUAAAGAUGACAUUGCCCGGUAUGCAGACCGUAUUGUAGCUCGUGCAACAACCACGGAGGGGGGCCGUGAGCGGCCCGGCCGCCCCACACAACAAAACACCCCGGUAAACAUGUAUAUCGAUAAAUUAGUUAUGUCCGUUCACGACGACACAGUCUUGGCCCACACCCGCUGUCAGGCGUACAUGAACGCUUGCACCUCCCAGCCCGACGAUAGCUCCGGAACGGACAAGAACUUCGAGACCGCCAUCCUCGGCUGCACCCUCGACGACCAGAAGAGAGUAAAGAAACGUCUCGAGGGCCUUCUUGAUUACUUUGCGAAACUCAACAUCACCACAUUCUCGUGA